UUAUCGUCUUGGUCUUGGUCGCGGGUGACGGAGAAGGUAAACAAAGAACAGCUGAUCGUGACAGGUUGCAGCCUCACACCUUCAGCCAAGGAGAGAGGCUGUGGCCCCACAGCCUAACUAGCCCCAUAAAACACCCAAGAAGACGAAGAAGGAGACUAUUACUAGUCUAUAGUCUCCUUGCCUUCAGCCCCAACAAUGCUCUCCAAGCUCCCAAGGGUACAGCAACCUUCUUACGGAAGUCGGGUCAGUUCGACAGGAUUCAGCCCCUGCCCCAGGGACAUAUCUUAACAACAACAGCCACAAGCAACCUGUACUGCUGGGGCUAUAGAGGCCGUGGUCUAACCAGCUCCCAAAAACACUGAAGGCGGCGGCUCCGAGGACCCUCUCUUCUGUCGCCUCUCAACCUUACAUAGCAGACCUAAGCAAGGCCGUGUCCAAGCCUUCCCUCUCAACAAGCACUGAGCAGAAGGAAGUGACCCACUGAGGGAUGGAGCUGCUCAAAGAAGCCAAGAGUGUGGUGGACUUUGCCUCUUACUACCCCCUCCUGAACAAGGCGACAACAGACAAUGACACACCAACUCCCGGAUAUGUCUACGAAGAAAUUAUUAAGCUGAGCCACUACUCCGCCAGCCACCGCCAGCUCCUCAUUGACUUUCUGUUGGCUCGUCUUCACGGCUCAUCAUGGCCUGGCAAACAGAAGGUGAUUCGCAUCUUCCAGCACCUGUGUACGAGGGGCCACAGGGGGGUGAGGGUCAGCCUGAGGGGCCAGGAUGGGGAGCUCCGCAAGGCAGCCGCUGCUGGAGGGCCGCCCGACCCCCUGCUGGCCAACACACCGCAGCUUUUCCUCAGCUCAGCCAUUCAGGAGCUGCUGACUCAACUCUUUGACUCCAAGACCAUGAAGGAAGAUGAACAGUGGCUGGCAGGUAAGGAGAAAGUGGAGGAGGGGAAUGCUAGCCUGAGUGUGGUGACACAGGGCUAUGGGUCACGUGGGGUGAAGGGGAAGUACGAGGGCUUUGGCAGCACCCCCAACGCACCCAGUGAGAGUCUGGUCACACAGGUGCGAGGAAUGGUGGAGCGUGUGAUGUCCACCUCUGCAGACACCAACACUCUGGACCUGCUGAAGGGGGACAAGGGGGACUACCAGCCACUGUCCCUCCCCUCCCUGGGCUCUGUGCCACCCACCCAGCCUGCCCCACAGCCUCACAUGCAGCUCCUCUCAGCCUCACAGAAGAGCAAGUACAAAGUUGUUUUUGGUGCAGCUCAUCGCAGGGGCCGCGCUGGAGGUGGAUGGGACAGUGACGAGGAGGCUCAGGAAGCUCCCUCCUCCCCUCUCACCUCUGAAAUGGACCUCUCCGUGGGGCCGGGCAGCAGCCACUCCUCCUCUGAGACAUACCCGGCUGGUGCUGCAGAGGAGCAACUGCUCAACACCCUCAUGAGCCCCAGGGUGACUUGGCCACUGGACCACGACACACUGCUGGGCAUGAGCCACGAGUGUGCCACCCUCAACCUCACCCUUCUGCUGGGAAAGAUCAGUAACAGGUGCCUUGUCUUGGCAAGCGAGACAUCCAGUACCUCCCAGGUGAAGGAAGGAACUCGCCAGGCACCUGAUGAAAAAACUGAUGCAUCACCAGGUAACACUCAGUUGAAUCAGCCGUCACUUCACACACACCCAGAGACAGAUGCAGCACCCAACACUUGUCAAGAGUCUUCCUUUGCCCCAACUAGUAAGCCCAGCACUCAGCCCCCUGCCAGCCUCGACCCUGAUGCCAAGACCACCAGGCUCCUUGCCCUCCUCCUGCUGGUGGAGUUUGCGAUGCACUAUGACAUCCUUCCCCCGGCGCUGGUCCACUCCCACCUUGGACCCAUGCUCGUCACAAUGCACGAGAGCAAGAGUCUGGAGUCCGCUGUGAGGCUGAAGGCUCGGAAGCUCUCCCUCAUCACCUCUAAGUUUGUGUGAAGAGAAACAGACAUGGCGGUGAUGUGUUGUGGUGGUGGUGGUGGUGGUGUUGUGAUGCAGUGUUGUGUUUGUUGUUUUUUGCUUGGUAAUUUAUUAAUAUUAAAAGUUUGUAGAGCUUG